UCCAGAUCACAUCAUAGAAGAGAUUAGCACAGACGAAGAAGGCACGCAUUGUCUUUUUGUCUACAUCCUUUUUUUUUCUAAAAUCUACAGACGGGAAGACACCGAUUCUGUAAGUCAAAGCUAACUUGCACACGGACUCGCAGACUUUUCCUCAUGGCUCCAAACGGAGGGACGUGUUUUAUUUUGCUCUUUGUGGCCUGUGCAGCUUUGGCCAAGCGUCCAGAUGUGAUGCCUCCAAAUAAAGCUGCCUUCAAGGGUAUUGCCAAAAAACUGAUGAUGAAAUGCCAGAACAAGGGAUACCCUGUGCCUAAGAUGAUGAUGCUGAAAAGUAUCUUCAAUAACAGUGACGUCGCUGCAGAGGACAGAGCUGCUGAGCAGUCCAACUCCCUCCUGCCCACUUUUCUUCAUGUCCUGAGUUUAGUCCCUGCAGGCAGAAAGGAAGCCUCAUAUAGUCAACCCCCGGUGGAUGCCUCAGAUAUAAUGAACAAGAUGGAGAAUUGCAGUGAUUUGUCAGCGAUGAUCAGCAUGAUGAGGAACUCCUCUACGCCACUCGCAUGUUACAUGGCAGCUUUUGUGGGGCCUCUGUCAUGGGCGACUUUGACCCAAAAGGAUGAUAACUAUGUAAAGUCAACUGACUAUGACACAUUAUUGUUGGCUGUCAAACCUGUGCUGCGAGAUAUACUCUCUGAAAGAAUGGAACUUCCCACCAAAGUAGAGGGCCAACGCGUGAAAAAGAUGAUGAACAUGCUGCGGGAGGUAUAUGAGCCCAUGAAUGAGGACCAGAGGACACAGGUGCUGAACUGGGCCAAAGAGCAGAUAUCCCAGAACUACUUCAACUGUACAAUGAGGCCAUCAUCGGGUUCAAAAUCAAUGCAAAGGGAUCAUUGCAAACCAUCCCUGAAAUGGCUGGAUUCUGAGGCACUGACCAUGAUGGGGCCUUUCCUGUCCCGUUUAUCACCAGAUGAUGUUGAUUCUUCUCCCAAAGAAAAGCUGUGUGAAUUCUUCCGCUCGGCCCAGUUCAGAUCCAGCAUGAGUCGAGCAGCCAGAAUGAAGCCGAGCCUGGGCAAGAAGUUCCUCCAACGAAUUGAGGGGUGCUUCAGUGGAAAUGAAUUUCCAGAACAUGUGGAUAAGCUUGGCCCGCUGGCUUGUUAUUACGAUGCUCCGAUUUUGACCCCUGACCUCAGUAAGAAACUCCUCUCUCAGCUUGAUGACUGUGACGUUCCCAUAAAGUCAAAGCUGAGGAAGCGCCUUGUCAACAGUGUGAUGUCAAACUCCAGCGGAGCUCAAGCAUUGCAUGACCUGGGUAGAAGCGUUACUCUGUUGUCUCCCAAACAACUGUCAGAACAACCAGCAACCGUUCUGAAAGAUGUUAUCCAAAGUCUGGGACCCAAUGUCAAAUGGACACGCAGCCAGCUGCGCACUCUGGUCAAAAAACAGCUUGGUGAUAAAAAGUGUGAGGAGGUAUCUGGUGAGGACUUGAUGGCCCUUCAAUCAAUUACAGCAGGUAUGCCAAGCUGUGUGCUCAAGAACGCAAAAGCCAUGGAAAUCCUGAAUGACAGAGAAGCCUUGAAUAACAUAUCCCAGCACUUGAGGAAGGGCCAGUUAAAGACCAUGCUGCAGGGGCUGCGUGAAAAGGUGCGUCCCUCAGAGCUGCUGCAGAAGUUGCCUGGUGCUUUGCUGCGCAGCAUUUCUCUUACCAGUCUAGACAAAGCCAACAUCACUUCUCUAGAGCAAGUGGAAAACAAAACCUGGAGUCGGCCACAGGCUGCUUACCUGGCAAAGAAGAUGCAUGAACUCAAUCAGCUUCAGUACAGAAGGCUGUAUUCAGUCCUUCAGGGAAUAACCUGUAAGAUGAUUGACAAAGUAGCUGAGAACAACAUGAUGGACAUGAUCCAGGCCAUAGAGGAGAAUCCACUCUGGCUUUCCAAAGUUCAAACAGUGUGUGCGGCCCAAAAGAUUUUUAAAACUUUGGAGAGAGGGAGAACUGAUUAUUUUAAAACCAUCACUGAACCGGAGCUCGACAUGAUUCCCACAUCCGUGCUACUUUACUUGCCUCCACAGAAGGUGAAGGAUUUGCCUGACUCUGUGUGUCCCAUCUUCCUUAACAAAAUGGAAAAAGCCAACCUGAGCGUGUUGCCUCUCCGUGCCCUGUCACGCCCUGCGAUCACACAAACAGCUCUGCUCUGCCUAGGGAGAGAUUUGCCUGAACUGACCACUGCAGACGUGUCAAAGCUUGGGCCAAUAUUGUGUGAGGUUCAGCCCUCCAAACUCCAGCUCAUGGCCCCUGAUGUUGUCAGGUUCAGCCUGCAGGCCAUGGCGUCCUGUCAUUUCAUUCCUCAACGCUACAGGGCAGAUCUGAUUCAGCUGGUCUACCAGACCUUUGGGAGUCCAUCUGAUUGGCCAGCGGAGACUAUGGAGUCACUGGGUCCCCUUCUUGUUUUGGAUGACGAUGCCAUAUCAGCUCUGCCCAACAAACCUUGGAUGAAGGAUGUUCUAGUUUUCCUGAGGUCACGCCUGACCAACGGUUCAGCUGCACUGCAAAAGAAAUUCUUUCAGCUUGCCACCACCAUCACAUCAAAUGGAGCACGUAAAAGAAGAGCAACUAACAGUGACACUAGCAGCAAUGAUCAAGGAAAUUACACAGAGCCUACCGAGGCAUUGAUUGAAGACUUGGGAAUGGCCAAUGUGUACUGGAAAGCUGCAGAGCUGGACAUGAUGUCAAACACCACCUUUUUGGCGAUGGUGGAGAUACUGGGGUCAAUCUCUGGCUACAGUGCAGACCAGCUGCACGUGUUGAGUAAAAAAGCAGUCGAGACCUUUGGCCCAGUCGAAGAGAUGACUGAGAGCGUUGUUUUGCAGUUGGGAUGUGUGAAUCAGGGUUUCUCCAACUCUGACCUGGAGAUGCUGCCUUUUUCUCUGGACUCUUUGGAAGAAAUUGCCCAUUGUGGCUGGAAAGAGUCGCAGACGGAGUCAGUGUGGAAAAGUGUUGCGAAAUACAACAACCUGACAGCAGAGCAGCUGAGAGCUGCAGAGAUGGUAGCACUGAACAGGUUCAUCUGUGGUCUAAACCCCAGUGAGAUCGACAAGCUCAAUGUGGAUGCCUUCAAGGAUGCUCUGGGCUCCAUGGAUGAUGUUCAGUGCUCCUUUAAGGUUACACAGAGGCUCAAAAAUCUUGCUGUCUCUGUGUUUGGAAAUCCCAACACCUGGACUGAAGCACGAGUAUCUGACUUGGGCAAUAUCGUUGCUGGUUUGGAUGCAACUGAAAUAGCUUCUCUAGACCCAUCUGUUUUUGCAUUUUUCAGCAAGUCGAGCAUUUCACAAAUUCCUCCAGACAACUUUGCUGCACUCUCUGCUGCACAGCUGGAGUCUCUUGGGCCUGACAAUGCCGCCAUGGUGACCAGUGAACAGCGAGCAGUACUGAGAAACGAUCAGCUCAGCGCACUUGAAAACGCUGAAACUGGUUCUUACAAACAAUCACAAAAAUCUGCUGAGUCAGGCGCUUCAGUGGUGAAUGUGGAGGGGAUCUGUGCUCUCAUCACCCCACUUCUGCUUCUCUUCACGGGGCUCCUGCUGCUCUGAAAACAGUCCUCACAUCACAUUACUGAGCCAGUUGAAGCUUCCGCUAACCAUGCACAUGCACCUUAUAUUACAGAGAAUUUCCUUGUAGAGCAAAAGCAUAAAAGAAAAAAGCAUAUGCUGCUUCCAAGUGUAUUUUAUGAUAAAGAGGGUUUAUUAUUCUAGGUUAAAGAUGUGCAAUUGUAGCAAUCUGAUUAUAUAGGGUUAUCAAUGUAGUGUGGCGCACAAGGGCUCCUGUAUUGCUCUUUUUAUUUUACUGAAUACUAUAUAACUUCUAUAUUUAUAUAUUUUAAAAAAAAAAAGUAUAUUUUAAUAGAAUUAAGAUGAAUUUGACAUGUAUAAUGUUGUCUUUUGUAUAUGGCUAAAAUAUAUGGAUAUUAUAUUUGGAAUUUAAUUAUCCCAUGAUGACAAAAGCUAAGAUUUAGAUAUUGGAUGUAUUGCCAAAAAAGACGGUUCGAAAAUAUUACGCAAUAAAAAAAAAGACUAAUAUAGUAAAAUAGCUGUCAUUAAAAUAUUUAAAGACAAAAAACUGAG